UGUAAUUGUUUGAUUCUAUAAACAUUUGACUUUAGGUUCAGCAAAGCUCAAAAACAAUUAUGUUUAGAAGAUUUACUUUCAUCUUGCGUCUUUGGUUUAACAUUAUGUGUUGUAUCAUCCGUUAGGCACAAGUUGAAUUGCUUGCUAUCCAAGACUUGUCCUCAUAGUUCUAAGAUUUGUAUGGAGAAACGAUCGGUCUCAAAGCUCGGGCAUCACUGAAGCUUGUGAAAACCUUAUUCUGAAAUUCCUUAUCAUCAUCAUCACAUGUUUCGGUUAAGGAACAAAUGAUUUCAAUAGAAGCCAUGGAACAUGAACUCCAAUAGUAAAAAAGUUUUUAUUUUAUUCUAUCCGGUUCACUAUUUUCACACACAGAUUUUAAUUAUCAGAUAUCAUCAGGUCUGAACGCAUAUACCAUCAGUUUGGUGCAUAUUUUUGUUUUGUGGUGGUAGUUAAACCAUUGCUUUCAUCAAAUGAUCAGUUCAGGUUAAGAAACAAUCAAAAUGGCCAAUGAGACCACUAGAAUUAAAGUUUGAAACUCUGGAUGGUCAAGACAUUGCUUUUAUGAGAUGUGAAAAUAGACUAGUAAGAUAGUGAUGGUUUACUAUCAGUGGAAAAUUUAAGGAGGGAGGUAUAUUUAAUUUACCAUAUAGUGUCAAAUAUCACAUGAAAACUCUCCUCUUUAAAUGUUGGCAUUAACAUCACAUUAGUUUCAAUCAUCUUUUACAAGCUAUAGCUAUGAACACCCUCCUUGGUUUUGUUCUGAAAACUUUCAUUUCAAGUUUCUCUCCACAGCUACAAGAUAUUGCAAAGCAAACCAUUGUGCUGAAAGUGAAUAUGAGCGGUGAAAAAUAUAGGAACAAAGCCAUGAAGAUUGUAGUAGGAACAUCCGGAGUUACGGGAGUGCGGUUGGAGAAAGACAAAGAGACGCUUACGGUGGAAGGAGAGGGAGUGGAUGUACUUGCUCUUGCCCGAGCUCUGAAGAAGAAAGUAGGCAAAACUGAGAUCAUCAAAGUUUCUUAAUAAGUCUAAUCCCCUUUUCUUACACAACAAUAUCUAGUUCUUUUUCUGGUUUCAUGAUGAUGUGUUCUUGUGGGGGCAACAUUUGACAUGCUUUCUUUUCCAGUUUCUAGUUUAUGGAUAUAUUUCACUUGUUUGAAAAUCAGUUUGAUAUCUGUUGUUGGAUCAACUCUGUUGCAGAUUUAUGAAUAUUCCAUAUAGCAACGGUUGUUAAACUUUACAUAAAAAUGUUGUUGUGACAGCAUUAUUAGAUCAUAUACAACACCGCCCUUACUUGGAUGCAUUAUCAUGCCCAAAAAAAGAGAAAACUAAACCAACCAAAACGAUCUUUACUACUACUUUGGUUUACUAGCUUAGAUCUUAGUUUAUCAAUGCAGUUUAUUCAUUAUCUAGCAGUUAAACUCCCUUAAGCAGAUCUUUUUAGCUUGGAUAACUUUGUCAAUGCCUCUUCUAAGUGCUCACUAAUGAUCUCGUCUUU